CAGGUAAUCAACCGGAAAAGGAAUUCCUUAAUGAGGCUGGCUUCAUCUUGCUGCCGACAAAGACGAACUACGAAAUAUUUGAUAGAAAUACAAAUAAAAAAUCACGUAGUAUGCAAAGUUUGGUGCAAAGUUUGAGGGAACAGAAAGUCUAGCUGUUUAUAAAAAUGUAUAACAUUUUAAGCGAAUUUGAAGUUAGAAAAAAGUAGAUCUGUGCUACAGCCAGACAGGCUGUGUUGAGUAGUGGUGAUGUGGUGACGCGGCUCGCCGACGGGAGGCUAAAGCAACUUAUCUUGCUAGCUAGCUAGCUGGAUUAACCUAGACGUUAGAAAAUGUUUUCGGAAAUCUGAUCUGACUUUUGCUGUCAUGGAAUAUGGAGUAAGAACUGCUUUUUGCUAGCUAGCCGGUGAGGUUACAACUGUUAGGCUACCACUUUGGUUCGUAACUAACGUACUUUUGAGCUAUUUAGCCUAAAUUGAUAGUUUCUUGAGACUGUUGCUAGCUAGCUACAGUAGCUAGCAAAUACUUUGAAGUCGUUAUAAACAAACUACAGUAGACAGUGUUGCUACCAGUAAGAUCACUAUCUACAUUGUUGAAACUUUCGGGGUACACCUAGUAAAGUAAAUAUAUUUGGCAAAACUUGACACUGUUUUCCAUAUUGGUGUCUAGGGUACAAUCGGUAGCCAACUCGGUUUACGACUAUCCAGCUGAAGUAUAGCAUAGUCGGUAUGAGUCUGGUUUUGCGGCCUUUGGAAUUAUUUUCUUUUUCGACAGUUGUUUGGAUCUUUGGUAGUUUGUAUUUUAUAUUUUUGUUUUAACAUUUUCACAUUACUUUGGAAGCUAAGGCAGAUCUUCGUGAGGUACUAAAUAAUUUUGCAGCAAAAGAAAAGUGGACAUCAUAAAGGACCUCAGUUAGCUAGCUAGCUAACCUAAGACACUUAUCAAAGGUAAGAUGACUAGCUCUAUAUAACUAUUAAUGUAAAUCAACGGAAGUUGUAACAAUGCUUAUUUUUUCUCAAGUUUUGUGAUUUAUUGUAUUAAUUACAUCACGUUCAUUUCUUGGAAACAUCUGAGGCCAGUGCUACGUUUGACACAGAACUUUGGAUUCCUAAUCAGAAGUCUGGAGACUAUAUUGACCUCCAGCACUUCUUUCACAAAUCGCUAAUUCAUGCGUUUUUCAAGUCACGUUCCAUCGCUGAGACCUACGCGACGACAUCAAAUGCCGUUUGGUUUUAAUGUAAUUCCUUGUUUUACGUCAAUAACUUAAAUUGAUAGCAUAUGUAUAAGAUAAGGGUAGGCUAUACCCAAAGAGAGUGAUUUGUUGUCCAUGAAUGCUGUAUUUAUUUAAACUAUAGUAACAUUAUGACGCAUUAGUUAACUAGCUUGCUAAACUACUGUACGUUCACGUUGCAGUUAUAGAAUGUACCAACAUGCUGGAUAGGAGCCUUUUGACAAGCUGGUGUUAAAAGCCGACUCUGUGUCUACUUCUUUACAAAUGACAGGAUUACAUUUCUGUUGACGUUACGAAAAGCAUGAUCUUUUUAAAUGUUGCUAGUCACAAAGGAACGUGCUGUUACCUUACACCCAGCCAUACAUGACAGAAUUUGCAUGGACGUGUUGCCCUCUCCAAGCAUCUGGCCAUGAAAGUCUAAAAGUUAAAUGUUACUAUCAUGGUUUGAUGGCCAUCACACUUUGUCGAUGACUUCACAUUUUGUUUAUGACUUCAAAAUUAGAAACAGGGUUAUUGCCAAGUAGGUUUUCAGAUUCAAGGAAUUUACUUUGGUGAUAUGAUGUAUAACAAUAAAGAUAUAGUGCAAUGACAAAAACAGGCAGUGAAAAUACAUUGACUUAAGUGACAAAUUAACAGUAGAUGUGUUAUAAGAAGAUAGGUCAGUGUGGGUCAGGCCUUGCUGAUGAGGCUGCAGAUGAGAAGAAACCGUUCUUCUGCCGUGAGACGCUGUUAUCCAGACCGACUUACAAGUACAGGGACAUUCCCCGCGAGAUGAUGUGUGAGGUGAUGCCUACCAUCAGUGAGGCGGAGGGGCCUCCAGGGGGCGCAGGAGGGGAGUUAGGCUCUGCCUCCCCGCUCCAGUCAGACUCUGAGGGACACUUCGAGUCUCUGAUGGUGUCCAUGCUGGAGGAGCGCGACCGGCUGCUUGACACACUGCGGGAGACACAGGAGAACUUGGGGCUGGCACAGGGCCGGCUGCACGAGGUCAGCCACGAGAGAGACUCUCUGCAGAGGCAGCUCAACACCGCCCUGCCUCAGGAGUUUGCAGCGUUGACCAAGGAGGUGAACGUGUGUCGUGAGCAGCUUCUGGAGAGAGAGGAGGAGAUCGCUGAGCUAAAGGCUGAGAGGAACAACACACGGUUGCUGCUGGAGCACCUGGAGUGCCUGGUGUCUCGUCAUGAGCGCAGCCUGAGGAUGACGGUGGUGAAGAGGCAGGCCCAGUCUCCUGCCGGGGUGUCCAGUGAGGUGGAGGUGCUCAAGGCCCUCAAGUCCCUGUUCGAGCAUCACAAAGCCCUGGACGAGAAGGUGAGGGAGAGACUGCGUGUGGCUUUGGAAAGAUGCAGCAUGUUAGAGGAACAGCUGACAUCCACACACAAAGAGUUGGCAUUUUUAGGGGAGCAGAACAGUCAAAAGAGAAUGCUGAUGGAUGGAUCGUCUGGACUCAACAACAACUCUGACACCCCCAGCACUAAUGGCAAGCGCUGCUCAGAUGGCUCUCUGGGCCAGCGGGAGGAUGUGGAGGAACUGCAGCAGCGGGCGUCCAGGCAGACGUCAGAGCUGGCCCAGAUGAAGGACUGCAUGGCAGCCAUGUCUGCUGGCUUCAGUGAGCUGGAGGAGGACCUGGACACAGCGCGCAAAGACCUCAUCAAGUCUGAGGACGUCAACACACGCCUGCAGAGAGACCUGCGAGAGUCCAUGGCUCAGAAGGAGGAUAUGGAGGAGAGAAUCACCACUCUAGAGAAGCGCUACUUGGCGGCUCAGCGUGAGGCCACGUCUGUUCACGACCUCAACGACAAACUGGAGAAUGAGGUGGCCAACAAGGAGGCGCUGUUCCGCCAGACAGAGGAGAGGAACAGGCUCCUGCAGGAGCGGCUGGAGCAGGCGGAGCUGAAGCUGCAGCAGACCUUACAGAAGGCCGAGACGCUCCCCGAGGUGGAGGCGGAGUUAGCUCAGCGUGUGGCCGCCCUCAGCAAGGCAGAGGAGCGCCAUGGCAAUGUGGAGGAGGGCUUGAGGCAGCUGGAGGCUCAGCUGGAGGAGAAAAACCAGGAGCUUCUCAGGGCGCGGCAGCGGGAGAAGAUGAACGAGGAGCACAACAAGCGUCUGUCGGAGACGGUGGACAAGCUGCUGUCAGAGUCCAACGAGCGUCUGCAACUUCACCUGAAGGAGAGGAUGUCUGCCCUGGAGGACAAGAACACGCUCAUACGAGACCUGGAGCACACCAGGAAGCUGAUUGAAGAGGCCCAUCAUGAGAAGGAGCAGCUUCUGAUUCAGAUCGAGACCAUGCGGACGGAAAGUGACCAGGGCCGGAGCAGAAGUAACUCACUACUACACGGCCGGUCUGUCAUGAGCAGUACCCCAGAUUUCAGGUUCCCUGUUUCGGCCUCUUCCGUGCUGGACAGCCACUCAGACAUGUACAGCAGUGCGCUGGUGCUGCGCCGGCCGCAGAAGGGACGCGUCACAGCGCUCAGAGAUGAGCCUUCCAAGCAGCGACAAGUCCAAACUCUGAACGAGCAGGAGUGGGAGCGGCUGCAGCAAGCCAACGUGCUGGCCAACGUGGCUCAUGCUUUUGAGAAUGACAUGGAUGUGUCUGACCUGGAGGACGACCGUGAGACCAUCUUCAGCUCAGUGGACCUGCUGUCUCCCUCGGGCCAGGCCGAUGCCCAGACACUCGCGCUCAUGCUGCAGGAACAGCUGGACGCCAUCAACAACGAGAUCAGGAUGAUCCAGGAGGAGAAGGACAGCACCACGAUGCGCACAGAGGAAAUAGAGAGCCGCGUGGGCAGUGGGGACAGCCUGGGGGGGCGCUUCCGCUCCCUGGGCUCCAUCCCCCCGCCCCUGGGUGGAGGAGAGGAAUCCUCCCUGGGGGGUUCGCCCCCGGGCUCCGGCCACUCCACCCCCUGCAGGUUCCCUCGCAGCCCCAACCGAGAGGUGGACCGCAUGGGGGUCAUGACCCUGCCUAGUGACCUGCGCAAGCAUCGCAGGAAGUCUGCCCAGGACGACAAGGCCACCAUCAGGUGUGAAACCUCUCCACCCAGCACCCCGCGCUCCAUGCACCUGCGGAAGGGUGCCGGCUACACCUCCAGCCACGAGGACAUCCGGGACAUCCAUGGGAUGAACCUGCAGGAUGGGCAGGGCAGCAACCCCAGCAGCAGCAGCAGCAGCCAGGACUCCCUCAACAAGGCCGCCAAGAAGAAAAGUAUCAAGUCUUCCAUAGGACGUCUGUUUGGCAAGAAAGAGAAGGGUCGAGCAGGUUUCCCAGGCAAGGAGCCCAGCAACCAAGCUGGUAUCCCUGAGUCUGAGAGCAGUCCCAAGGAUGGGAUGGGUAUGGGGACCCUGGGAGGCCCAGCGGAGAAGAACAGGAGGCUGCAGAAGAAUCCAAAGACUGGGCAUGAGUUGCUGGAGGAGGCUCGCAGACUGGGCCUGCCCUUCGCCCAGUGGGACGGCCCCACUGUGGUGGUCUGGCUGGAGCUGUGGGUGGGCAUGCCUGCCUGGUACGUGGCGGCGUGCCGUGCCAAUGUGAAGAGUGGCGCCAUCAUGUCUGCGCUUUCGGACACGGAGAUCCAGAGAGAGAUCGGCAUCAGCAACCCAUUGCACCGCCUCAAGCUGCGUCUGGCCAUCCAGGAGAUCAUGUCUCUCACCAGCCCCUCCGCACCACCCACAUCUAGAACGUCCACUGGGAACAUUUGGGUGACACAUGAAGAGAUGGAGUUCCUGGCGGCCACGCCCCCUACGACCUUGGCGUACGGCGACAUGAACCACGAAUGGAUCGGGAAUGAGUGGCUGCCCAACCUGGGCCUGCCGCAGUACCGCUCCUACUUCAUGGAGUCCCUGGUGGACGCCCGCAUGCUGGACCACCUCACCAAGAAGGACCUCCGAGGGCAGCUGAAGAUGGUGGACAGCUUCCACAGGAAUAGUUUCCAGUGUGGAGUGAUGUGUCUGAGGAGGCUGAACUACGACAGGAAAGAGCUGGAUAGGAGACAGGAAGACUGCCAGUCAGAGCUCAGAGAUGUUCUUGUCUGGAGCAACGAGCGUGUGAUGAGCUGGGUGGAGUCCAUUGGGCUUAAGGACUACAGCAGCAACCUGCAGGAGAGUGGCGUGCACGGGGCGCUGCUGGCCCUAGACGCCUCCUUCGACCACAACGCCCUGGCACUGCUGCUGCAGGUCCCCACACAAAACACACAGGCUCGAGCUGUGUUGGAGCGCGAGUACAACACCCUCCUCACCGCGGCAACAGAGAGGAGGAUAGAGGAGGAUGAUGAUAAGAGCUUCAGAAGAGCUCCAUCUUGGAGGAAGAAGUUCCGUCCUAAAGACGUGCGUGGCGUUCCCCCUGGCUCCUGCGACACGCUGCCCAUUAUGUCGCCCUCCACGCAGCCAAAGAGAAGCCCUAGCGAUGGUGGAUGUUGGUCUGAAGACGAAAAUGAACUGUUUUCCCGUCAGGAAUGGAUGUUGACCUGACCAACAAGAACAC